AUGGCAUCUUUUUUGCCGAGUCCUGAACUCGUGGAGCAGUUCAAGCGCGAUGGGUACUUACUCCUUCGCGCAGAAGAGCACGGCUUGGUGAAACCGGAGGACCUUCAGAUGUGGACAGAACAAGUCCGCGAAUGGCCGUCUGAGAAAGGCAAAUGGAUGCCCUACCAUGAGGUCAACACAGAUGGCACGCGGCAGCUGAUGCGGACCGAGAAUUUUGUGGACUACCACCCUGACUUUCAUGCGCUGUUGUGCGGCGAGGCUAUAGCGCAGAUCUUGACGAGCCUUUCUGGAGAUGCCAUGCUGCUCUUCAAAGACAAGAUCAACUACAAACUGCCAGGAGGCAAUGGCUUUGCAGCACAUCUGGACGCACCCGCGUACGACCACAUCGGCAAGAUCGAGCACUUGACGGCGAACUUUGCCGUGGAUGAGGCCACGCUUGACAAUGGGUGCAUUGAGGUUGUGCCAGGCUCCCACAAGAUGGACGUCGAGCUUGCUCAUGGGGGCGCCAUUUCCAAAGCUUGGGAAAAUAAUCAUGAGUGGACACCAGUCCCGCUUCGACCUUGUGACGUGCUGCUGUUUGGGAGUCAUCUCGCGCAUCGCAGUGGGCCAAAUCGUACCAGUACUAGAAGAAGUAUGAUAUAUGCAACAUACCACGGGAAAAGUGAUGGAGAGGAUCUGAGGCAGAGGUAUUACAAACAUCGGAGGGAGAACUUCCCGCCUGAUAACGAGCGGGUUGAGGGUAAGGACUAUUCCCAAGGGUACAAGACUUAUGGGUUUGCUGCUCCUUUCAUGUCGGAGAAGCAGGUUGAGCAGAAUACCGCAAGGAUACAGCCUGUUCAUUGA